AUGCGCGCCGCUGCCCUCAUCCUCCUCACCGCGACCGCAACUCUCGCACUCCCCUCGGUCUCGUCCUCACCAGCUCAGGACCUCGCCAGACGACGACCAGCCGAUGCACUGCACCUCGUGGGACUCGUACCGAGGCACGGCGACGACGAGGACGACGACAUGGGCGCGAUGGAUCACGCAGAAGCGAUGACCUCGGGACACUCGGCGCACGACGACACGGCCGCGCCAGCCAGCUCGGUCGAGGCGGGAGGACACAGCCAUGGAGACGAGCACGCACACGGCCACUCGCACUCCAAACCGCUGCUCGAGCUGAACGAGACGCAGAUCCUCCUCACGCACUCGCCGGAUCCUCCCUCGUACUGGGACUUUGACCACUCGGACGAGGGCAAGCCGGCGGUUCUCUACGUCCACAUCGCACUCAUGACCCUCGCCUUCUUUGUCCUGCUGCCGCUGGCCCUCUUCCUCAAAGCGGGUCGAUCCGCGUUGUCCAUCAUCCCGCAGACGGCUUUCCUCGUCACCUCUGUCCUCGGAUUGUUCUUUGGCCAGGUCUACAACGGCCUCACGCCCGACAUGUAUAAGGGCUCGUCCCACACCACCUGGGGAUGGAUCACGAUGGUCCUUGCCGUCGCGCUCAACAUCCUCGACGUCGGCCGCUUCCUCCUGCGCUUCACCCGCUGGGGCAACAAGCUUGACGCCAAGCUCGCCGGUUUGAGCCUGAGCGAGCAGUACGAGAAGGACGAGCGAUCCGUCUUCCAGCUCGGCGCCGACGAGGACGAGGGCGACGAGGCCGAGCGACUCGUCUCAUCCCCCGUUGCGAUGCACCACCCCGUUUCUUCCCCGACGCGCGGCAACUCGCUCUCGUUCUCCGACGAAGACACCGCCGUCCACAGCGACGAGGCGGACUGGCGCGAGCCAGCGCGGCCAAAGUCGACGAGGCAGAAGGUCCGCCGCUACCUGGGUCUCGCUGCCGACUUUGCCGAGCGCAUGCUCGUCCUCCUCGCCUACGUCGAGGUCUGCACCGGCGUCGCUGUCUGGACUGGGACCUGCCGCGAGAACUACUUGAACGGCUGCCUUGCGCACAUCAUCAAGGGCUCGAUCUUCGUCUGGUACGGCCUGCUCAGCUUCGCCCGCUAUUGCGGCGCCUUCUCCUCCCUCGGCUGGGCAUGGAACCGUCACCCGGCACGCAACAACUCGAUUUGGACGGCCGAGUUCGUCGAGUCGUUUGUCAUCUUUGUCUAUGGAUCAACCAACACUUGGAUGGAGCGGAUGGGCAAGACGGGCGCGUACAGCAUCAAGGACAUCCAGCACAUCUCGAUUGCCGUCAUGUUCUGGGGAGCCGGCGCACUCGGCAUGGUCCUCGAGUCGCGAACGAUCCGCUCUUGGCUCGCAACUCCCGCCGCCCAAGCUUCCGGCCGCUCGCUCGACGAGAUCCCCCCUCCGCCGUCCGCCGCAGCCAGCUUCAACCCGUUCCCGGCUAUUGCGAUCGGCAUCACCGGCUGGGCGAUGUCGGCGCACCACCAGACCUACCAGUUCCAGGUCGAAGUCCACGCCCUCUGGGGCCUCCUCCUCGGCUGCUUCAGCCUCUUCCGCUUCCUCACCUACUUCUUCACCUACCUCCGCCCGCCCGCAUCGAUCCUCCCGUCUCGCCCGCCGACCGAAGCGCUCGCGUCGCUUUGCUUGACCGCUGGAGGAGUCGUCUUCAUCUUGUCGACCGAGCAGGUGACGUUUGCGGCGAUGAGGCACAACGCGGACGAUGUCAUGGCAUUCCUCAACUUGACGAUUGCUGCCGUCUGCGUCUGGUUCUUCUGGAUCGCCGCCCUCUUCGCCGUCAAGGGCUGGGCACUCGGUCGCUCGACCCCUCAAUACUCCGCUUCCCUGCGCGCCAAAUCCGUCGUCUCCCCUUAG